UUCACUUUUAGACAGUCUUUCAUUUGGAUUUCAAAUUUUAUAUUUUAUAUGUUUUAGGCACAGGUUUUUUCCAAAAAUCCUUUCCUUCCAUUUGCUGUCGUAAUCCUUGCACUCCCGACCAUGGCCAUAGUACCGGUUUCCAAUAUUCAUACGAUACGACCAAAUCCUCUUCAGGGUCUGGAGUUUCUAUACGUACCUUUGCAGUACAGUGUGCAUGUGACUACCACUCUGAUUUCGGCCAUUGGUUCCUUCUUGUACCGUCUAUGGACGCCGCCCUUGAGAAGAAGUUGGUGAACCCAAAUAUAUUCCGAUUGUUUUUCGAUAGACGUGGGAUUGCACAAAUACACAGUGCCUGAGACGAAGAAGAUGGCUUGGCAGAUGGCCCUUGAGACGAAGUUGGUGAACCCAAAUAUAUUCCGAUUGUUUUUUGAUAGACGUGGGAUUGCACAAAUACACAGUGCCUGAGACGAAGAAGAUGGCUUGGCAGAUGGCCCUUGAGAAGAAGUUGGUGAACCCACAUAUAUUCCGAUUCUUUUUCGAUAGAUGUGAGAUUACACGAAAUGCCUGAGACGAAGAAGAUGGCUUAGCAAGGAGAGGUUAAAGAAGCCAGACUUGGUCACCAAAGGAAUUCGAUGCCUGGGACGGACACGACUCCGAGCGAGGCAGAUGAAGAAGAUGUUAACCCGAGCGGAUGCACAAGUAAGGUACGAAGAGGGACAAGGGUCCAUGACCAGGACCAGUCUGGACUUGGGGCGCUGCCAUGGAUCGGGAGGAGGCGGAGCCGGGCAUGGUAAUACGAGAAGGGACAGCAUCAACAGCAACAGCAGCAUAAACAAAACGACCAGCAGAUCUGGUGGAACGGAAGAACUGUGCACUUGGCAAAAUUUAUGUCGCGAACUUUUAAAUAAUCAAUGAUAAUAAUCGAUGACGGAAGUAUCUUUGUAAUAUUAAAGUACAAAUACUUUUAACUAUAACUAUAUAACAUUGAAAAGAUUCAACAAUACAGGAUUCGCUGUGCUAAUACCGAA